AUGGAAUAUUGUGUAUUUAUAGCCUCGUUUUUCUUGCUUAAUUUACCAAUUAAUACAAUUACAAUGGCAUCUUCUAUUUCAUCAUUACCACUUCAAGGAGACACCGCAAGCAGCCAAGCAGCAGCAGUGGGAAGCAGUACUACUUCGUCACCGUCGUCAGGGUCUCUAGGGCCAUUCUUCGCCGUCAUCUCAGUUCUGACUAUUCUAGCUGUUGUUUCUUGUGUGGUGGGAAGGAUUUGUGUCCGACGUCGGACGAAGGGGGAGGCGGUAGUGGCCAUAACGCCAUUGGAUACGAUAAAGCAUGGAGAUUGGUUGGGAUGGUUGAAGCUAAGGUGUGGAGGUUGUAUGGCGGGGGAGGUGGUGGAGGCAGGUGCCAAAGUUAUGUCUUUUGGUGAGGAUCAAACUAAAAAUGAAACCCAUCCCCAUCCACCUCCAGUUUGAAAAAUGCAUUCAUUUUCCUUAAUUCAGUCGAGAUUUUAUAUUUGAUUUGUCUAAAUACGUUUGUAAUUUAAUUGGAAUUCCUAUCCAAUCCAUUAACCAUUCUAACGCUUUAUUUAA